GCCGUAGAGGGGUGCUGAGGGGGGGGAGGAAGGAGCGUGGCGCGGCCCUCCCGCCUCAGCGGAGCGGUUCGGCCCUCCGCACGGUCCCGGUGAUCCGGGAGGGAGGCGGACACCUCGCCGGACUACACCUCCCAGCAGCCUUGGCGGCGGCGGCGGCGCUCCGCUCCCGGCCGCGGUGCAUGGUGGGCCGGGAGCUCCAAAAUGGACAACCCCCGCGAGGCGCCGGGGAAGGCCAGCCGGUGGUUCGGCGUCUCGCAGUCCAAAUCGGCCAAGACGACCGCGAAUAUCCUGCAGCAGGAGGAGCUGAUAGCGCAGAAGAAGAGGGAGAUCGAGGCCCGCCUGGAGCAGCAGGAGAGGCAGAACUCCCUGCGCAUCCGGCAGCUGCCCCUCUUCGGAGAAGAUGACGGUACUGACAACGAAGCCUCUGUUUCCAACAAGUUUGUUAAUGAUGGCAGUUUCCUCCAGCAGUUUCUCAAGCUGCAGAAGGAAAAGUCGAGUGCUGAACCUCCCCAAAGUUCUACUAAUAACUCGUCAAACGCUUCUGCACCAAAUGCUGGGAAGAAACCUAUGCUGUUUGGGAAGCGCCCCGGUCAGGUCCUGAGCAGCAUGCUGCAGCAGGCGAAGAACUACUCCCAUUCCAAACAGACCCCAGUCGUUAACCGCCUCAGUGUGUUUCAGUCGCCAGAUGAAGAUGAGGAGGAAGAUUAUGAGCAGUGGUUGGAAAUUAAAGUUUUGCCCCCAGAGGAUGCGGAGACCCGCCAAGUGGUGGAAAAGCUGGCUAGGUUCGUGGCUGAAGGGGGACCAGAGUUAGAGAAGGUCGCUAUGGAAGACUACAAGGAUAACCCAGCUUUUUCGUUUUUACAUGAUAAGAACAGCAGAGAAUUCCUUUACUACAGAAAGAAAGUGGCAGAGAUAAGAAAAGAGAAUCAAAGUUCUCAGGCAUCCUCUUCUCAGAAAGUUUCACCCCCAGAGGACGAAGAGACAAAGAACUGUGCUGAGAAACUGGCCAGGUUCAUAGCGGACGGGGGUCCCGAGGUGGAAGCUAUUGCCUUGCAGAACAACCGUGAGAACCAUGCUUUCAGGUUUUUAUAUGAGCCGAACAGCAAAGGCUACAAGUAUUACCGGCAAAAACUGGAGGAGUUCCGUAAGGCCAAAACCAGCGCUGCGAGUGCCCCCGUGCCUGCGGAGUCCAGCCUGAAAAGGAAGAGCAGUCCUGAGGCAUCGCCGUCACCCCUCUCUUUAUCAUCCUUGCCUUUGCCCGUGCCCUCCCCUUUGCCUUUACCUCUGCCCUUACCCUUGCCCGUGCCCUCCCCUCUGCCCCUGCCAGUGCCCUUGCCGGUGCCGUCCCCGUUGCCCUUGCCAGUGCCCCCACCGCUGCCCGUGCCCUUGCCCGUGCCUUCGCUGUUGCCCUCACCUUCACCAUCCUCCUCCUCAACUCUGCCUAACGAGACGGCUACAACCACUGCUGCACCGACAGCUACGGCCGCUGCUACGGGCACCACGAAAAAGAAGCGGAAGAGCAGGUGGGGGCCAGAGGAGGACAAGGUUGAGUUGCCCCUCCCGCAGCUGAUCCAGCAGCUGGAUUCUCCCUCCCCUCUUUCAGUUCAGGACCUCAAGGGUCUUGGUUAUGAAAAAGGGAAACCGGUUGGCUUGGUGGGUGUGACAGAGCUCUCCGAGGCCCAGAAGAAACAGCUGAAGGAGCAGCAGGAGAUGCAGCAGAUGUACGACAUGAUCAUGAAGCACAAGCAAGCCAUGCAGGAAAUGCAGAUGAUGUGGGAGAAGGCGAUUCAGCAGCACCAGCAUGGCUACGACAGUGACGAAGAGGUAGACAGCGAGCUGGGAACGUGGGAGCAUCAGCUUCGACGCAUGGAGAUGGACAAGACGCGAGAGUGGGCUGAGCAGCUGACCCAGAUGGGCAGAGGGAAGCAUUUCAUCGGAGACUUUCUUCCACCGGAUGAGCUGGAAAAAUUCAUGGAGACGUUCAAGGCAUUGAAGGAAGGACGUGAACCAGAUUAUUCUGAAUACAAAGAGUUCAAACUGACUGUGGAAAACAUAGGUUAUCAAAUGCUAAUGAAGAUGGGUUGGAAGGAAGGCGAGGGACUUGGCUCAGAUGGACAGGGGAUUAAAAACCCAGUCAGCAAGGGGACUACUGCUGUGGAUGGAGCUGGUUUUGGCAUCGAUCGUCCUGCAGAGCUAACCAAGGAGGAUGAUGAGUACGAGGCAUUCCGUAAACGAAUGAUGCUUGCCUACCGGUUCCGACCAAAUCCAUUGAACAAUCCACGACGACCUUACUACUGAGAAUGUUUGUUUUUGGGACAAUGUAUUUUCAAAACAAUUGUAAUUUUACUGUGAAACGUUAUGAAACUACGUUAUCAUUCUCUUAUUUGCUAAUAUCGUGAAACUUAUUGAAGUCACAAUACCAUCUUUCACCCAGAAGAACAGCCUGCGAGCCCACUCACUGCACACUCGAGUGUCAUGACAACCGUGUUGUAACAAGGCCUGGAUGGGAUUCAGGAAGGGUAAUAGAGCAGGUGAGAAGGGAGAUUCUUACACGGUGCCCUGCUGAGUGGAAGGGUAGCACCAAAGAUACCAAUAGGAAUAGUUCAGGGACUCCAUUUGUAUAUAGCUCAGUGCCAUGUUACUUACAAGGAAUGCAUUUUUUUGCCUAAUGGCACGUCCUCUGUUGUUCAGAUACGCAGCUUGUGCUGCUCUUUUUUUGUUUUAUUUUUUUUAUUGCAAGUAUGACAACCAACCCAACUCCUGGGGCUAUUGUUUAGUCUUUAUUCCCUGACAAACUGGGUUCUGAUGGUGUCAUGAAGCCUGAAGUACAGUCUGACCUCCAACUGACAUUGCAAAACCAGUGCCUAGUUGUUUUACUUCUGUCCUGUGGAAGAAGAGGUGUGGAUCAGUGCAUGGAGCAUUGACUGCAAGGGUUGAGGAGCACAGGGGAUGUUCAUUCAACUUCAGAGGCGACAGCCUCUUGGUUUCUUGAACACUAAGUUCACCCACAGCUUCUUAGCAAAAUGAGAGGCUUGCUAACACUGUGCGUGGAUGUGGGUGAUGAAGAACCAAGCCUUCGAAUGCAGAUUGUCAAAGGCCAUUUGCAUUUUGUUGUCCUAUGAAACUCCUCUACAAGUACAAAUUUUCUUCAUUCAAUCUGUAAAUAAAAUAAAACUCACUUG